AUGUUCAAAGAUGAUGAAGGCAAGGCCUUUCUCGCGGCCAUGGAGUCUCCCCUCGCGAAGAGAAUCAAGGAAGAUCUCAAUGUCAGGAACAAUCCGUUGUUCAUGACCGGAAGCCCCGAGCAGAUCAGACUUGCCCGAUUCAACAAGAACGGCGUGGAAUGGGAGCGGGAUGCCCGCCUGAACGCUGAGGGCAAUCUGGUUCUGAGCCCAGUCCCUGACCCGGUGGUCCUCCAUACCGGCGUACCUUUGACCAGUGCAGCUUCCACAAAGAAGACCCAGCCACCCAAGAAGGAUACCAAGAAGCCGCAAGGUGCCAGGUGA